GAUACCAAUCAGUCUAUUGCUAACCGUAUUCAUUGGUUCGGCUAAACAAAAACAGUAUGAAUUGAAAGACAAUCGGAUAAACUUAAUGAACGAAAUACUAAAUGGUAUGAAAAUAUUGAAAUUAUACGCCUGGGAACUACCCUAUAUGGCAAUGGUUAACAAAAUACGUAACCGCGAGCUAAAACAUAUGCUAUGCGGUGGGCUAUGGCUUGCCGUUACACUGGUAGUGACAUUUGCAUCGCCAAUAUUGGCACAGUUGGCCACAUUUGGUACGUUUAUAUCAUUGAAUGGCAGCAACAAUAUCAAUGCACAGCUUAUAUUUGUAUCCGUAUCCUUGUUUAACAUACUAAGCACUAGUAUUGUUGUAUUGCCCUAUGCUUUCAAUUCAGUUUGUUUGAUUUAUGUAUCAUUGAAACGUAUCGACCAUUUUCUUAAAUUAUCCGAACAUUACAAUUAUGUUACAAACAAUGAUUGCAAACAAUUUGCUGUUAGAGUUAAAAAGGCAACACUUUCAUGGAUUGGUAGUCAAAAUGAUUUACAAACAACAACAACAACGACAAACAGCACCACAACCACUACCACCACCAGCGACGACAACAACAAUAUGUUGAAAGACAUAGAUCUUGCUAUCAGUGACGGUAUGUUUGUGGCAGUGGUCGGCGGUGUCGGCUCUGGUAAGAGUUCACUGAUGUCGGCACUGAUCGGUGAUAUGGAACUGAUUGGCGGUUCAAUCAAUAUAGCACAGGGACAUAGUAUGGCAUAUGUUCCCCAACAGGCAUGGAUACAGAAUGCAACCCUCAAAGACAACAUACUGUUUGGCAAACCAUACGAUCAGAUUAGAUACAGUCAAGUACUGAGUGCCUGUGCUCUCGAACCAGAUCUUCGGCAACUGUCCGGCGGAGAUGAGACCGAAAUCGGCGAAAAGGGUAUCAAUUUGAGCGGCGGUCAGAAACAGAGAGUCAGCUUAUGUCGGGCCGUCUAUUCCGAUGCCGACAUCUAUUUGUUUGACGACCCGUUAUCCGCAGUGGACAGUCAUGUGGGCAAACAUAUUAUGACCGAAGUGUUUGAUUCGCGAACCGGUUUAUUGAAGAACAAGACCCGUAUUUUGGCUACCAAUCAGCUGUUUGUAUUGCCCGAUGUCGACCGUAUUGUCGUAUUGAAAGACGGCUCAGUGACCGCUGUCGGUACCUAUGAACAGCUGUUGGCAAACAAUCGCGAGUUUGCCGAUUUGGUCGCACAAUACUCGGCUAACAGUAAACAACAACAAGAAGAAGAUAAUGAAGAUUAUACUGAUGGUCACCAAAUCACGGAUAGUAUUAACAAAAACAAUACAUCAACAGCAAUACCUGUACCUACCGAUGAUAAUGACCAACAAUUGAUGACAACACCAAACAUUACGGAGACACAGCUUAUCGAUGAAGAGAGCGUAGAGUCCGGACAUAUUAAGCUUAGUGUAUAUAUUAAAUACGUCCGUUCACUGACCAUACUAUCAUUUUGCAUAUUUGCUAUCAGUAUAAUCGGAGGCGCCGCCUGCCUAAUGGCUGUAUUUAAUUGGCUGUCCAAAUGGACAACGGAUAUCGGCAACGGUGGUAACAAUACGGCUUACUAUAUGGGUGUAUACGGCGCACUGAUUGCCGCUUAUUUGCUAUUGACAAUGCUAUCGCUGACCGCUUUUAUUAUCGGCAGCCGACGGGCUGCCCAUCAAUUGCACGGUCAGAUACUUACAAGUGUAAUGCAUGCGCCCAUGUCGUUUUUCGAUACAACACCAUUGGGUCGUAUAAUGAACCGAUUCAGUAGAGAUCUCGAUGUUUUGGACGGACAGAUAUUUGAAACUGUUUUUAUUUUUAUCUAUGAGUUUCUAUUACUAUUUGGUGGACUAAUAAACAUUUCAGUAGUGACGCCACUAUUUUUGGCCCCACUUGUUGUUGUUAUUGUUUUAUAUGUGUUUUUUCAGAUAUUUUACAUCAACACAUCGCGUCAAUUAAAAAGAUUAGAGUCGACUACACGAUCGCGAAUCAUAUCGCACUUUGAAGAGUCGGUUAACGGUCUGUCCAGUGUACGGGCCUAUCAAUGUUCCGAAAGGUUUAUACGGGAAAUUGAGUACCGAUUGGACACCAAUCAGAAGUGUUUGUUUCCCAAUGUUUUGGCCACCAGUUGGCUACAGAUACGGAUGGCAUUGCUAAGCAAUCUAUUGAUAUUUUUUGCCGCACUAUUUGCCGUACUGUCCAAGAAUCGGCAAACGGGCGGUUCGGUAGGUGUUAGCCUAUCGUUGGCCAUUAGUCUGAUGACAUCGUUUGAGAAUCUGAUCAAAUCGUUUAUUUUGGUUGAAAACUGUAUCGUUUCAGUGGAACGGGUGGAUGAAUAUACUAAACUAAAACCCGAAGCCGACUGGCAGUCGACAGUUGAAUUGCCCACUGAUUGGCCGUCUAGCGGUUCGGUUAGGUUUGAUGGCUACGGUACCCGAUAUCGACCCGGUUUGGAUCUGGUGUUACGCGGUAUUGAUGUCAGCAUUAAACCCCGCGAAAAGAUAGGUAUUGUUGGCCGAACCGGUGCUGGAAAGUCAUCCCUAACAUUGGCACUGUUUCGGAUCAUUGAGCCGGCAAUGGGUAACAUUGUUAUCGACGACAUCGACAUCAGCCGAUUAGGUCUCCAGGAGUUAAGAUCGCGGUUGACAAUCAUACCACAGGAACCGGUACUCUAUUCGGGUACUAUUCGAUCAAAUUUGGAUCCGUUUGGAAAUCAUACCGAUAGCGAUUUGUGGUCAGUAUUAGAACAGUCACAUCUCAAACUGUUUGUCCAAUCGCUGGACUCUAAGCUGGACUCACCGGUUAGCGAAUCGGGUGAUAAUCUAAGUGUUGGUCAACGACAACUUGUAUGUCUGGCUCGGGCUCUACUACGACAUACAUCAGUACUGAUCCUCGACGAGGCCACGGCUGCCGUCGAUGUGGAAACCGAUGCACUUAUUCAGCGAACCAUUCGCCAGGAGUUCAGUUCUUGUACUGUACUGACAAUUGCCCACCGAAUCAAUACGAUUAUGGACUCGGAUCGGGUGCUAGUGUUCAACGAUGGACGGGUAGCUGAGUUUGCCGAACCCGAUGUUUUGUUGGCCAAUAAGUCGACCAUUUUUUAUACACUUGCAAAAGAUGCCGGAAUUAUUUAG